AUGGCCGAGCCCGCCGCCGCCGUCCGGGACCACGCCGCCGCGGGACCGUACGAGGAGACCGCCUGCCGCCUCGGCAAGGGGGCCUUCGGCACGGUCGUCAAGGCGCGGCACCGCGGCACCGGCCGGGUCGUCGCCAUCAAGCGCCUCGGCGCGGGGGGCCACGGCGGCGGCCCCGGGGCGGCGCUGCGGGAGGCACGCUUCCUCGAGGAGGCGAGCGGUGGCGGGGCCCACCCCUUCGUCGUCGGCUUCCACGAUAUCGUCCGCGCCCCGGGCACCCUGGACCUCCGCCUCGUCAUGGACUACGUGGGCCCCAGCCUCCACGACGUCCUCCGCCAGCUCCCCAGCGGCCGCGGGGGUCCCCCGCUGCCCGAGGCCACGGUCCGCGCCGCCAUGUGGCAGCUGCUCACGGCCGCCAAGCAGAUGCACGCCAGCCGCAUCGUCCACCGCGACGUCAAGCCCCAGAACAACCUCGUCGCCGAGGGCCGCAGCGUCGUCAAGAUCUGCGACUUCGGGCUCGCCAUGUCCGCCGACGAGCGGCCGCGUACCAGCCGGCCGCCCGACUACGGCACGCAGGUCGACGUCUGGUCCCUCGGCUGCGUCAUGGCGGAGCUGAUCGACGGCGGGAGACCUCUGUUCCAGGGCUUCCACGACCAGGGGCAGCUCGGCGCGAUCUUCGAAGUGCUCGGCGCGCCCGACGACAGCACAUGGCCGUGGUUCUCGUCCACGGCGUUCGCCACCGAGGUGAUGCCGCAACUGGUGGACGUGCAGCGGGAGAACCAUCUGCGCGAGCUGUUCCCCGAGACGAAGCUGUCCAAGGAAGGAUUCGAGGUGCUGAGCGGCCUCCUCACGUGCAACCCCAAAAAGAGGCUCACGGCAGCUGCCGCGCUCGAGCACCCCUGGUUCGCCAAGAUUGACGCGCUGGCGCUGGAGCUGCACCCAAACAAAGUGGAGGUGUUGUCGCCGUUGCCCAAAAGACGGAGGAUACAUCACAUACAUGCUGUUUGCGUGACUUAG